AAGGGACACGAUGGGAUGGCAGCUCUUAGCAAUUUGUUUCUGUGUCCUGUAGGUCAGAACGUGAAGCGGGAGUCUGGAAGAAAAGUCCAGGCUGGGAACAUCACUGCUGCAAAGACCAUCGCUGACAUCAUCCGGACGUGCCUGGGGCCGAGGGCGAUGAUGAAGAUGCUUCUGGACCCCAUGGGAGGCAUUGUGAUGACCAAUGAUGGCAAUGCCAUCCUGAGGGAGAUCCAAGUGCAGCACCCCGCUGCCAAGUCCAUGAUUGAGAUCAGCCGCACUCAGGACGAGGAGGUCGGGGAUGGGACCACGUCUGUCAUUAUCCUCGGUAAGGGGGGAAGAUGUGCGUAAAACCUAAGCUGAGGU